AUGCCUCUGCGUCCGCCACUCUGGGCCCCGGCCUUUCGAAGGCUGCCGUGCAGGAAUGUGCGGUUCUUUGGGUUCUCCAGCUCGACCUCCUCGGCGCCGUCCAUGGACAUCCCGAUGCCUUACAUCGAGGAAACGUCGGCUGCAGGCAGGAAGACUUGGGACAUCUUCUCCAAACUGUUGCAGGAACGGAUCAUCUGCUUGAACGGCGAGAUUAACGACUACCUCUCGGCCUCGAUUGUCGCGCAGCUGCUGUGGCUCGAGUCUGAUGCCCCCGAGAAACCAAUCACAAUGUACAUCAAUUCGCCGGGCGGCUCCGUCACAUCAGGAAUGGCCAUCUACGACACUAUGACGUACAUCAAGUCACCCGUCUCGACCGUCUGUGUCGGUGGCGCUGCCUCGAUGGCUGCGAUCCUUCUGGCGGGAGGCCAAGCCGGUCAGCGAUUCGCCUUGCCGCACAGUUCCAUCAUGAUCCACCAGCCCUUGGGCGGAACACGGGGCCAGGCAUCCGACAUUCUCAUCUACGCGAACCAGAUCCAGCGGAUACGAGAGCAAUCCAACAAAAUCAUGCAGUAUCAUUUAAACACGGCCAAGGGAUACGAUAAAUACAGCAUCGACGAAGUCAACGACAUGAUGGAGCGCGACAAAUAUUUGAGCGUGGACGAGGCGUUGGACGUCGGCGUGAUUGAUCAAGUCUUGACCAAGCGGACGGAAAAGAAGGCUGGAGAGGAAGGCAAGGACGAGAGAAAGGCUGAGUAA